GUGGUUUCAGCUAAGUGCUUCAUAUUGGGACGCAGACCUUAGUGUUCACAGUGCCACCGAUUCAUUUAGCAGUAUCUGCCAGUUAAAGGCACAUUCUUUUGAUGCAUUCUUUCUUUAAAUCUGUAGCAAGCAGAGUUGAUUCGUUACUAACAGGAUUGUCCACUAAGUCAACGGUUUCGUUACAACAUGAACAAUACACUGUACAACAGGUGCUGGGUGAAGGUGGUUUCUCUUAUGUCUAUUUAGUUAAACAUGCAAAAGAUGGAAAACUGUUUGCUCUUAAAAAAGUCAAGUGCUCCUUCGGAAAGGAGAGUCUUAAGAAAGCUAUGAGGGAAGUUGAAGCUUACAGUCGCUUCUCUAACAAAAACCUCAUGCAGCUUAUUACUUAUGAAUUGAAUGAAAAUGAGGGCCACAAAGCAGUUUUUAUGUUGCUGCCCCAUUACGCAAGGGGUAGUUUACAGGAAAUGAUUGACACUUGCAGAACUAGAAACUCUCAGAUUCCUGAAUCGCGAAUUGUUCUGUGGUGCCGCGGAAUUUUGAAUGGUCUUCAGGCCCUUCACAAUGGCUAUUCCGGAAAGCGGUUUAUGCAUAUGGAUUUGAAACCAGGUAACAUGCUGUUAUGUGACAACAUGCACGACGUUGUUUUAGGUGAUUUUGGCAGUUUAUCCGAAUCUCCUCGUUUAUUGCAAACACACCCUCAAGUUUUGGCUUUUCAAGACGAGGUUGAAGAGAAUUGCACUAUGGCUUUUCGAGCGCCAGAACUGUUCAACAUUCAUCGAGAUAUGACCAUAACUGAGAAAAUAGAUAUAUGGAGCUUUGGGUGUGUACUGUACUCGCUUAUGUACUUAAUCGGACCCUUUGAAAGAUACCAAAUGGAGCAAGGUGGUUCGCUUGCUUUAGCUAUUAGUAAAGGGUCCUACAAUAUUCCUGAAACACCCGAGUAUGACCAGAAACUGCACAAUGUGCUCAAUGUUUGUCUCACGAAAAAUGUUGAAAGUCGCCCCUCCGUUCCCGAACUACUCCCUUUUUUUGAUUAAAUGCGUUUGUGUCGAUAAUAUUCUCUUGUCUAAUACCCUGAGCGAAAACAACCAUGGCCAUCAGAAAAUAAAAUUGGAAGCAUCUCAUCAUUCGAGCGUGUUAUACACCUCGUAAGAACAAGGAUGAUCCAAGUUUUCAUCAUUGGCUUGACAUGUAUUGCUCUUCACCUCUUCUCUUCUGUGCCUAUUUUCGAAUUCGCGCUGCUCUUAAUGUACUCGCCGUUCGUUUCAUUUAUAUACUGACUUUAAUAACUGAGUUGAAUGGAUUCCAUUAGGGACGUAAGGCAGCGUCGUUUCCUUGUUAAACAUUUAAGUGUGAUUGAGUUCCUUAUUUAUCACUUCAACAAAAGCUGCGAAUAUGGUUCAGAUUUAUCGUUUGCGAUAACCGUUCCCGUUGCUGCUUCAAUGAAACCGCUUAAUCAGUAUAUCUAUAAUGUUUUAAUACUCCAGAUAAAAACAAUAAUGUAGGAACGAGUGGAAUGAAC